UGUCUCUGAAACAGUGUUAAAAUAACAAGAUAGUAUUGUUUAUUGUAGUUUUUUAAGCCUAUAUAGUUAAAUUUCAAUUACUAAACUUAAUUUCAUUCUAAAAAGAAAGGUGAAAAUUCCUCGUGUUCUCAAAGUUAAGAAACAUAUAGUACAAGGAAACCAAGUAUAAGUGCAUUGGUAAUUUUAUUUAAAAGUAAAAUAUAAUUUAUUCUUUAAGCCAACACCUUAUGGCAAACUCUCAUGUUAAAUGGUAAACACAUAAUUGCUAAAGGCCAUUAUUAACAAUCAAGAUCCUUAACAGAUAUCAAGUGCCCAAGAUGAACUGAACUCAGAGCAAAUGAAGUCUGCUAUGUCCGGUUACAUUUAUCUUGGACCACCUCAUAUUAUGAGAGGAGGAGAAUACUUUUACCAAAAUAUAAUCAAAAAACUUAUUAUUAAACUACUUUCUUAGAUAACCUGAUAUUUAAACUUUUGUCAUCAACAAUGCUUUUGCAUUUAGAAAGUAGGAGGAACAAAACAGGGUCGAUCUUAAAAACUUCACCUUAAAUGUUGCAAGAAUUUAAAGAGCAGGUUAAAACAACAUCAGAAUUCUGAUCCUCAGGGAAGCUAAAGUGCUUGUAUUCACCACUGUUUUUUGAAAACUGAAGAAUAUUUUUACAUGCUUUAAGCAAAACAAACUUAGAACCUAGUUAAAUGCUUUAUUUCAUUGUUGAAAUUAUGUUAAUGAUUAUUCAUUGCAUCUGCACAAUUUCUGUUUAUUAAAAUCACCAUUAUAUAUUCUAUGCUUUACUGCAGAACAACUUUUUUUUUAUUUACCUAUUCUAUGCAGUUAUUCUUUAGCUUAUGUUGUAAUUUUUUAGCUAUUUCCUUGCUUUUAUUUAAUGCAUUGCUUUUAAUAAGAUUUUUUUACUUUUUCUCAUUAUUUAUAUACUGCUUUUAUUAUGUUUUAAAUGUUUUUGCUUCUCUUUUGUCCUAAUAUCUUAGAAAGGGAAUUCAUUAUGCUGAGUGGUAGGCUUGGUAAAGAUUAUAUUGUAGAAAACGGUGUUGGUGCGAAACAGAAUGGCGUGGAAAAUGGUAUAAGUGCUAAACAGAAUGAUGUAAAGAAGGUGUCUGAUGAUAACGUAAGUGAAUGUGACGCAUAUGUUGUUUCUUCUGAAUCUUGUGCAUUUCCUUCUGUUGCUGGAAGACUGAUUCGUGAAGUGGAACCCGGCGAAAUUGUCGAGAUUACCAAAAAUGGAAUAAGGUCCAUAUGCAUAAUGCCUCGACCUGAUGAUUGUGCCCCUGCCUUUUGUAUAUUUGAGUAUGUUUACUUUGCUAGGCCUGACAGUAUGUUGGAAGGACAAAUGGUGUACACAGCUCGUAUGGAAUGUGGUAGACAACUAGCAAGGCAAGCUCCUGUGGAUGCGGAUGUAGUUGCUGCUGUUCCUGAAUCAGCAAUACCAGCUGCUCUUGGAUUUGCUGAAGAAUCUAAAAUAAAGUACACAGAAGUUCUAUGCAAAAACAGGUAUGUUGGAAGAACAUUCAUUCAACCUAGCACCAGGCUUCGACAGCUAGCAGUUCUGAAGAAAUUUGGACCUUUAAGCUCAAAUUUCAAAGGAAAGAGAAUGGUUCUGAUUGAUGAUUCGAUUGUACGUGGAACUACUUCGGGAGCAAUUACAAGACUUCUGAGAGAAGCAGGAGCAUGUGAGGUGCACCUUCGCAUUGCAUCACCACCCCUCCAUCACCCAUGUUACAUGGGAAUUAACAUUCCAACAAGAGAAGAACUUAUUGCCAAUAAAUGCAAUGCUGAGGAAUUAGCAAAACAGAUAGGUGUUGACAGUUUAGAAUACUUAACUGUGGACAAUUUAGUUAAUGCUGUGCGAAAAAAUGCCACAACAAAUGGGAAACCUGUCGGUCACUGUACAGCAUGCUUGACUGGGAAGUACCCAGUUGAAUUAGAAUGGUAGACUUAAGGGGAAAAAAGGGUAAUAUUCCUAAAUGUAUAUAAUGUAACUAUUUUUACAACAUGUAACAGAUAAUGAACAAAUAUAUGGAAAAUUUCUGCUUAAAAAGUAAUUUUAAUUUUGAAGAUAAAAAAUAUCGUUUGCAUAAAAUAUUGUUUCUUUUUUUUCAGUAUACAAAAAUUGAAAUUCUGGAUUUGUUUGAUCCAAGAUAUCUUGAAAGCAAAAGCAAAGACUAUUCAGUUUUAGAACUUUAUUUCGUUUAAUUUAUAAAUAAGAAUUGUAAAAAGUAGAUUAUUAAUAAUUUACAGUAAAAGAAAAUUUUCAGUAAUGUAAAAUAUUUUUUAAAUCUGUCUAACAUGUUUUAUAUUUACAUGUUGUAUAUAUUUAAUAUAAAUUUUUUAAUAAUGUCAGAGUCCUUAUUUUUGCAAAUUUUUGAUUAAAAACUCAUAAAAUGAAAGUCUUUAUUCAUCUAUUAAUGUUUAGGUUAUUUUUAUAAUGUCAUGUAUUCAUUACUUAUGUACAUUAUUGUAAACCAUAAUUAAAAAUGAUUGAGCUAUAUCUCUAUAAUCCUGCAUAAAUAUGCCAUAUUUUAAUCAAGACUUAUUUUUUGUAUGAUAAAAUUCUUGAAAAUAAAAUUUUAUACAAACAUGCAAA